UGUGCCGAGCUGCUCCCUGCGGGAUCAGAGCGCUCCCCCGCCGGGACCCUUCUCUCACAUCCCCCUGCUGGGACGCGGCUACAUUUCCAGCCAAGCACUGCCUGCCUUGGCUUUAUUAUGUGUGUCUGCGCCGCAGCCCCGCCAGCAGAGGCAGGCAGAGGAGGAGGAGGGAGACUGGUAGCCAGAGUCAGGACAAAGAAAAAGCAGGGAGACAGAGGCUAGCGAAGGGUUAGACUCAUAGAAAUACUGGGCUGCUGUUAACACCGCCGUUAGGACACUGGGAAAUAUUAACAGAAAGAAAGCGUGGGUUGUAAAAGCAGCAUUCCCCGCGGGGUGGAGAUGCAGGGGAAGAGCGCAAUGUCCAUGCCACCAGACCACCACUGCCUAGUGUAGACUAUCAGGACGGAACGCAGAAGGCUGCUCGGUUCCUGGAGGGAAACGCAGCGCGAAAUAGUUUCGAUAAAGUCAAACAAAGCGCGUCGAAGACGAAGCGAGCGCUGGGGAAGAAGCCACGGUUCAUUUCCAAAGCAAUUUCCCAAACAUUCUCACCGCCUCCGGGGCUCCGCGCACCCGAAGGUUCCCGCUGUCACUUUUUCUCCCCUCUAAACACAGCUCGGGACCUGCUCAGGUGUUUGCCUCGCGCGUGGGCGGCAGCUCGCGCCCUGGUCCGUCAGUGCGCUCGGGCUUCACCGGAGAAGACGACGCGAGAAGACAUUUAAAAAGCCGCUGUCGCAACGACGGGAAGUUCUCCCCUCGUUUAUUCCACAGGUUCCCCCCACUCAGUCCCGGCGUGUUUGGACCAAGGGCCGCUUCGCUCUCAGAGACUGAAGCUGCCGCAUUGCAACAGGCGGAGGAGCAGCGGCGGAGUGCGGGAGGACGGACAGCCGGACCGUGUCCGCCUGUAACGGAACACAAACCAACUCAAGAACGAAGAACGCAGCCCCGGAGCAGAGAUGUCGAGACGCAAACAGGCCAAACCUCGCUCCGUGAAAGCUGUCGAAGAAGGAGAGUCUUCAGAGUGUGGAGGAACCUGGGAUGGAUCAACUGUUCAGACCGACAUAGUGGCAUCUGAAAGAGACGCCGACCCCAAAGAGGGGACCGGUGCUGAAGACGGAGAACCAGACGAGCACGAGGACCGCGAUGACCGAGAUCACGACGAUGACUUGGACGACGAAUCCAUCUUCACCUGUGACAACUGUCAACAGGACUUUGACUGUCUGGCUGAGCUCACUGAGCACAGAACCAACCACUGCCCAGCUGACGGUGAUGAUGACCCAGCAGGUUUAUCCUGGGUGCCUUCCUCGCCCUCCAGUAAGGAUGUGGCAUCGCCUUCGCAGAUACCCGAUGGCUGCUGUGACCUUGGCAUGGCUACUGGCGGCGAGGAGGAGGGAGGAGCGGGCCUGCCGUACCCAUGCCAGUUCUGUGACAAGUCCUUCAGCCGCCUGAGCUACUUGAAGCGACACGAGCAGAUCCACAGCGACAAGCUGCCUUUCAAGUGCACCUUCUGCAGCCGUCUGUUUAAACACAAGCGGAGCCGAGACCGCCACGUCAAACUCCACACAGGAGAUAAGAAGUACAGCUGUCAGGAGUGUGAGGCUGCUUUCUCUCGCUCUGAUCACCUAAAGAUCCACCUGAAGACGCACAGCUCCAGCAAACCGUUUAAGUGCAGUGUGUGUAAGCGUGGCUUUUCCUCCACCUCGUCGCUGCAGAGCCACAUGCAGGCUCAUCGUAAGAACAGAGAGCAUCUCGCUCUGAGGAGCGAGAGAGAUGGAGGAAAGAAGGGAGCGGGAGGAGACGGUGACCUGGAGCAGGACCUGUACAUGUGCGAUUACUGCGAGGAGACGUUCAGUCAGACCGACGAGCUGGAAAAACACGUCCUGACCAGACACCCCCAGCUGUCGGACCGGGCCGACCUGCAGUGCAUCCACUGUCCUGAGAUCUUUCUUGACGAGGCUUCGCUCCUCACGCAUAUUGAAACACAGCACGCUAACCGCAAACACAAAUGCCCUGUCUGCUCAGAACAGUUCCCCUCUGUCGAGGACGUGUACUGCCAUCUAGACAGCCAUCGUCAGCCCGAUUCGUCUAAUCACAGCGCUGCCAGUCCCGACCCAGCGCUGGGCAGUGUCGCCUCAAUGAGCUCAGCCACUCCAGACUCCAGCGCCAGCCUGGAGAGAGGCUCCACCCCCGACUCCACACUAAAGCACAGCCAGGGCAGCGAACGGGGCCGCAGGAGAGGUGCCGAUACUGGCGAGGACGUGGGGAUAAACCUGGGCCAUCAAGGCGGAGGCGGGGGAGGAUCCUGGGGUAAAGUGACGUACUCUUGCCCUUACUGCUCAAAGAGAGACUUCCACAGUCUGGCAGUGCUGGAGAUCCACUUGAAGACCAUCCAUGCAGAUAAGCCACAACAGAGCCACACGUGUCAGCUCUGCUUGGAAACUCUGCCAACGCUCUACAACCUCAACGAGCACGUGCGCAAAGCUCACCGUGCGAGCGGAGGAACGGUGGGCGCGGCGGCGGCGGCUUUUCCUCUGCUGCAGUUCACCAACGUCACGGCGUUCCACUGCAACUACUGUCCCGACAUGUUCGGGGACAUCAACUCUCUGCAAGAGCACAUCAGGGUUUCCCACUGCCUGCCCGGUGGCAUCAUGGCAGGAUCCACCACAUUAGAAGGGAACCAUGCCUUCUUCUGCAACCAGUGCUCAAUGGGUUUCCUGACAGAGUCCUCGCUGACGGAGCACAUUCAGCAGACACACUGCACCUCCGCAACAGGUGGAGGAAGUGCAUCAGGUGGAGCAGUGGCCAAACUCGAGUCUCCCGUACUUCAGGCUGGAUCUCAGUCCUUCAUGGAGGUUUACUCCUGCCCUUACUGCACCAACUCUCCUAUCUUCGGCUCACUCCUCAAGCUCACCAAGCACAUCAAGGAGAACCACAAGAACAUCCCGCUGGCCAACAACAAACGCCAAGCCAAAGUUGCAGACCUGAGCCCCGCCUCGUCGGACGUCGAGAUCUCCUCCCCGAAACGCCACAGGCUUGGAGGGGACUCCACUCCAUCCAUGGGGAGCAACGGAGAUUAUCCCUGCAACCAGUGCGAUCUGCGGUUUGCUAGUUUUGAGGGUUUCCAGGCCCACCUCAAGUCGCACCUGGAGAUGUUGCUGAGGCGCCAGUCCUGCCCCCAGUGCAACAAGGAGGACUUUGAGUCACAGGAGGCGUUGCUCCAACACCUGACGGUACACUACACCACCACAUCCACCCAGUAUGUGUGCGAGAGCUGCGAUAAACAGUUCUCGUCAGUGGAUGACCUGCAGAAACACCUGCUCGACAUGCACACGUUUGUCUUGUACCACUGCACUCUCUGUCAGGAGGUCUUUGACUCCAAGGUGUCUAUACAGGUGCAUUUGGCAGUGAAGCACAGCAACGAGAAGAAGCUGUUUCGCUGCACAGCUUGUGCCUGGGACUUUAGGAAGGAGACGGAUCUUCAGCUGCACGUUAAGCAUAACCAUCUGGGCCAAAGGUCGGGCCUCCCGGGAGGUCUCGGUGCAGGACUCAAGCCCCGGAAGUGCAUCUUCUGCGGGGAGAGCUUUGGAACAGAAGUGGAGCUCCAGUGUCACAUCACCACGCACAGCAAGAAGUUCACGUGCCGCUUCUGCGGCAAAGCUUUCCACGCCAUCUCACUGCUGGAGAGACACCUGAGAGAAAAGCACUGCAUCUUCGAUGGCAGCAACAUCACCGGCAAUGGAGGUGGCACCGGGAGCAGCGGGAGCCAGAACGGGACGCCUAACGGUUUGGCGCAGACCUCCAAGCGAGGAGGAGGAGGAAGUGGCAACGGAGGAGCAGGAAGCGUGGAGAGAACGACAGUUGCAGCUGCCGAGCAAGCCGACUUGCAGAACAUGCUGCUGAAGAGCGCAGUGGUGGGAGGAGGGUCAAGCCAGGGGGGAGAUGCAGCCAACAGCCACGAGGCGAGCGGAGGAGAGGAGGAGCUGGAUAAUUCAGAGCCCAUGUACGCCUGCGAUAUCUGCGGCGCUGCCUACACCAUGGAGUCCCUGCUGCAGAACCACCGACUGCGUGACCACAACAUACGGCCGGGAGAAGAUGAUGCCGGUUCUCGAAAGAAGAAGGCGGACUUCAUCAAAGGAAACCACAAGUGCAACGUGUGCUCCCGAACCUUCUUCUCUGAGAACGGGCUUCGUGAGCACGCUCAGACGCACCGCGGCCCCGCCAAACACUACAUGUGUCCCAUCUGUGGUGAACGUUUCCCCUCUCUGCUGACCCUCACCGAGCACAAGGUGACCCACAGUAAAAGCUUGGACACGGGAACCUGUCGAAUCUGUAAGAUGCCCUUGCAGAGCGAAGAGGAGUUUAUAGAGCAUUGCCAGAUGCACCCUGACCUCCGCAACUCCCUCACCGGCUUCCGCUGCGUCGUCUGCAUGCAGACGGUCACCUCCACGCUAGAGCUGAAAAUCCACGGCACCUUCCACAUGCAGAAGAUCUCCUCGGGCCCGGCGCUCGGAGGAGCUGCGGUCGGAGGCGGGAAUGGAGGAGUAGCUGGAGGAAACGGCUCUGCCUCUUCGUCCCCUAAUGGGCAGCUGCAGCAGCACAAGCUGUAUAAGUGCGCCUUCUGCCUCAAGGAGUUCAAGAACAAAGGCGAGCUGGUGAAGCUGGAUGUCAACGGCCUGCCUUACGGCCUCUGUGCUGGUUGCAUGAGCAGGGGCACGAACGGCCAGAGUCCCAGCCAGGGAGGAGCCGUCACGCCCGGGGACGCGCAGGCAGAGAAGGCCGCGGCUGGGCUGAGGUGUCCAGAGUGCGGGGUGAAGUUUGAAAGCCUGGAGGACUUGGAGAGCCAUGUCCAGACAGAUCAUCCGGAGAUCAGUCCUGAAACCAGCGCAGCAGGAAAGAAGGCCGAGGUUUCACCUGCUCCUAAGAAAAAGACCUACCAGUGUAUUAAAUGCCAAAUGACGUUCGAGACAGAAAGAGAGAUCCAGAUUCACGUCGCCAACCACAUGAUCGAACCACACACUGAGUCAGCACGCGCAGUGAGACCGAGGCUCGGCAGGAUCUCGCAGCUCAGCCGGGGCCCCCGACCCAGAGCCGGCGGGGGACCCCCAUCUCCACAUCACAGCCAAUCAAAGUGUCAUUUGCUACUCACAUGUAAAACUCUAACGAUCGCGCCACUGGGCGCGGCUAUUAGGAGCAGCGGGGGAAAGGAAUAUUAAUGGGAUAUGCUAUUAAAUAAAGAAAGGAAAAAGUGGGUGAGGAAAGCGGCGAGUGCUAGCUGAAGGAAAGAGAACCAAGGUAUUGUACGUGCAGUAUUUUUUAUUGUCCCUGCCAAAACCCCCACCAGCUUCUUCGUCCUCCCCGUCUCCCCCCUUCCACCAAUCACUCCCCAGGUCAUGCAAUUUAUUUUAUUUUUUAAUGAAUAGAAAAGAAAAAAAAGCAAGAAAACAGCCUUUGUUUUGGGAUUUUUUUGUUUUUCAUAGACUGUAGACUUUCUCGUCCCCUCGGUCGCUUAUUGUAUUCGACUUCAUAGGUGCCGUUUUCUUUGAUUUUUCCUUUUCCAUAUGCGCCUCUUUGCUUUUGUUUUCAUUUUUGUACCUUUCAUUUCUUGCAGUAAGUAGGUACUUGUGCUGUGUUGUGAUUGUUUGCCAGUCGUAAUAUUCCUAAACCCCUACCUAAAAUGAUCCUUUUUAUGAUUAUUGUUAUAUAUAUUUUUCCUUUUUGUAAUUACUAUGAAAACAAAAAGACAUGAAAACAAAAAUAAAGUGCAGAAAACCAUACAGAUGUUUCUUUUUUUGGAUUGGGUUUUCCAGUCUCUAUGGGGCCUAUAAUGGUUAUUGUAAAAAAAUAAAUAUCAUCGAUUUCAGUGCGUCUGGUCAACGACUGCUUUUUGAAUGUGAAUUAACCAGAUUGCAAUAAUCUAGUACAGAAAAAAGAUGAAAGGAAUAAAUAAAUGACAAAUAAAGAA